AUGCCCAUUCACCGGCCGCCGCGACGACUUUCACUCCGUGGCCCGUUGGAAAAAUCGGGCGACCUUUCUAGCGUUUGUCUAUCCGUCGUGGCUAUUAUACGAGCCGUGGGUCGAUUUCUAAUGAGGCGCGAGGUGGAUAACGGUUCGGGCGACACUAGAAGGGACGGUGUAGGCCUCUGUAGGGCUCGUGCGAAAGCUUAUUGUUCUGUCGGAGAAACGCAUAACUGUUACGGGCUGCUCGAUGUCGGUGGCUCUGGAUCUUGCUUCGUGACAGUGUGUAGGGGAGGCCUAUGUUCAGCAGUGGACAAGAACAGGCCGAAGCGACGA